UUACUGUUACACUGCCGUCAACGCUUAGCACAGCUAAAGAGAAACAAAGGACCGAUAAGAGGAGCUGAAGUCUUUAAAAUUGGGAUUAUAUUAUUUAAUCCCACAGAGUAACAGCAUGUCUGGGGAUCUGGAUCUUUCAACACCAGAGGUUCCUGAACCAACCUUUUUUGAGAGUGUUUUACGCUAUGGACUGUUUCUUGGAGCGAUUUUCCAGCUCGUCUGUAUCUUAGCAAUAAUCAUUCCCACCUCCAAAAACCAUGAACAGGAGGAGACUACAGAGCCGGCUGAGCCAAAAGCUUCUGAAGCUAGCAGAAAGCAGAAGGCACCUGCACAGCCUGUCCGACAGAAACCAAAGAAAGAGAGCAAGAAGAAAAGAUAAAGCUGAACAUUUAAUAUAACUGUCUGAAUAAAUGGGGGGAAUGGUUCGAUGACGAAGAACAUUUGAAAUCUCUCAUUAACAAACCCUUCCUAACUGACCAACACUAAACUGUCUCCGUUAUCCAAAAGUACUAUGGUAUGCUCUUACUGUGUUACUCAUUGAUUUAUACUCAUUUGUGAUGGUGAACUAUUUUGUAUUAUAUUAUAUAAUAAACUCGCUUUGGGCUUUUUUA